UCAGGGGACAGGGACUCUGUCCAAUGAGGGGAGAGCACUUCCCCUCCACGGUGCACACACAGACCUGAUAUUUCCUCUCUGCACACCGCCGCUCCACUGCAAUGCUACAGCUGCAACAUUAGCACGCUCAUUCUCCCUUUUUCACAUUCCCUUUAGUCGUACUUCCUUCACCUCUUUAUUUACUUCUCUCUCCCUGGGUGACACAUUGUUUCGGACAUGCCUAACAUCGUGCUUUUCAGCGGGAGCUCGCACCACGACCUGUCCCAGAAAGUGGCUGAUCGGCUCGGGCUGGAGCUGGGGAAAGUGAUCACGAAGAAAUUCAGCAACCAGGAGACAUGCGUCGAAAUCGGGGAGAGCGUGCGUGGCGAGGACGUGUACAUCGUGCAGAGCGGCUGCGGCGAAAUCAACGACAACCUCAUGGAGCUGCUCAUAAUGAUCAACGCGUGCAAGAUCGCCUCCUCGUCCAGAGUCACGGCGGUGAUCCCGUGUUUCCCUUACGCCAGGCAGGACAAGAAAGAUAAAAGUCGAGCGCCCAUAUCAGCCAAGCUGGUGGCGAACAUGCUUUCGGUGGCCGGAGCCGACCACAUCAUCACCAUGGACCUCCACGCCUCACAGAUCCAGGGUUUUUUCGACAUUGCUGUAGAUAACCUUUACGCAGAACCUGCCGUGCUUCAGUGGAUACGAGAAAACAUUCCUGAGUGGAAAAACUGCAUCAUUGUUUCUCCAGAUGCCGGUGGAGCAAAGCGAGUAACGUCCAUCGCCGACCGUCUGAACGUUGACUUUGCCCUCAUCCAUAAAGAGAGAAAGAAGGCCAACGAAGUGGACCGCAUGGUGCUGGUCGGAGACGUGAAGGACCGCGUUGCCAUCCUUGUGGACGACAUGGCUGACACCUGCGGCACCAUCUGCCACGCCGCAGACAAGCUGAUCGAUGCCGGAGCAGUCAAGGUUUACGCCAUCCUCACACAUGGUAUCUUCUCCGGUCCGGCCAUCUCACGCAUCAACAGCGCCCCGUUCGAGGCCGUGGUCGUGACCAACACCAUCCCACAGGAGGAGAAGAUGAAGGCGUGUCCUAAAAUUCAGGUGAUCGACAUCUCCAUGAUCCUGGCGGAGGCGAUCAGGAGAACCCACAACGGCGAGUCCGUGUCCUACCUCUUCAGCCACGUACCUUUAUAAAGGACCAGAGAGGACUUCCUCCCUUCCUCUCUCUCUCUCCUUCCUCACCCCCUCUUUGAGCCAUUCAGCUGGCACUUCUGUCCACUAGAAAGGCCUGUUAGUUUUUGGCCAGCCCCCCAUGUGACUGUUAAAAGGUCGCGCCUCACAGGAUUGUUGUCUUUGACACCCCCCCCCCCCCGCCCCCCGCCCUGGAGACAAAUAUCACUUCAUCUCUGGAGACCAAGUUUGUAUUUAUGAGUUCCUCUUGUUCUUCUUCGCUUGUUUCAUUUUUGCCGACCACUCACACCCGAGGCCCGGCCUUCACUUUAACCAAAGGGUCCAUUAUGUAACAUUAUGUAUUAUUUGUACCUCACUUUAAAUAAACCAUUCCACCAAGUCAUGUGAUUGGAAAUAUUUUUGCUUUUUAUGCUUCAAAAAGUUAUAAAAAAAAAGAGUUAAAAUCAUUAAAAAAAGCACCUUCCUCCCAAAAGCCUUAACAGCUGCUAAAAGUAUUAAAAUAAUGAAGCUACCCAGAAUGUAAACCUGUGGCUUAAUACAGGUCUCUAUUUUAAAUUUCAUCCCCUCCCCGCUUCUUUUCUUCUUUAUAACUCACUGAAAUCUCCGUCAGGUCCGUUAGUGAUGAAAAGUUUCUCCUGUGAGGUGUUUCGGGUGUGUCACCCAUUUUCAAAAGGUCACGAAAACACAAUGAGCCCAUAGCUUGAUGAUCAUGUUAAUACUUAAUGAAGAGUGAUGUGUAAAAACAAUAAAGAAAUGUCACCACAGCUGUGAUGGGUCACUUCAGUUCAGAUGAGGCAGGUUCCACUGUUUGCCUGGUGGUGGAGUAAUAAAGCAUGAUUGAUGGUAUUUUGUAUGUAACACUUACAGGCUGUUUUGUUAACAAUAAAGCUUUGACAAUGGCUUAAAGA